AUGUUACUUGAUCAUAUUGGUCAACGUUUCCUUGAGCGUGCUGUGGAACUAGUGAAGUCCGGUUACAAAUUUGUAUUUGUAUUGGACAAUAUCGAUUGGGAGGAAAGGGUCCAUGACAUGAGGAAAGACAAUCAAAACACGAGUGUACAUGCUGUGGCAACCACCAUUGUCUUCAAUCGAGUCCCUGAUGAGAAGUUACCAGAUUCAGAACCACAGCAAGAUCUACGAAAGUGCAAUGUUUAUCAGUUGGUGAAGCUUACUGCCUCAGAAAUAGAAAGUAUAAGAAAGCAGUAUCACAGGUUUGUUCAAGAUCUUCUGUUUGAACAUUUUCCUUUUUUCAGCUCCUACCAAUCCAGCUUGCCUAACAACAGCACAUGCUGUCGUUAUUCUGAUGAAAUGGCAAUGAAGUCAGAAACCAUUACUAUGCCAGUUCUGAUGAAAGACGAAAAAAAAUAUGCAGAGUGUGUAGAUGUGCUGGAUAAAUUAGAAGAUUGGACACAUCAAAAAUAUACUUUGCUGCUGGAUUGUGCCAAUCAAGUGAAUCAACCCCUUCUUCUGAUUCAAUUUGUGCUCCGACCCUACCCGCAUCUUCAAGUUCGGUUUCUGCUCCAUCCCUACCUGCAGCUUCCGGUUUGUUUUCUGCUCAGUCUCUACCUGCCUCUUCCGGUUCUAUUCCUGCUGUACAAUUCAGUUGUAGACCUGACCAACCUGCCUCACAUAUCCCACCUACUUCAUCUGGUGAAGAUCCAUUGCGCGGAGUUAGAGUUCCUUGUUUUUGGUGACCAGCUUACUAGGAUCCGUCUUGCUGGUGCAAAAGACCUUCAUGCUGGUUGCCAUACAGCUAGGCAACGUUUAGAUCACCUGUAUCCAUUCUGCAUUGUUGACUGGCAUACCAAGAGGAGCUACUUAAAGGUAACAUGCAUGAACUUAUACAUACUUUGAUACAUAAGCUGCAGCCUAAGGGAGUCAUGAACAACUCAUAUAAACAUUCAUGUUUCAUUAAGUAACAGUUUUUUUACUAGCUUUUAUACAUCUGAGCUUAUUACGAAUAAAUGGACCUCAUGGUUUUAUUUCGUGUAAAGGGUCAAUUUAUUCGUAAUAUAUAAGCGUAAAUAAGGUAUAAAUUAAAGCUACAGUAGUCCAAAAGAAUCUGUUACAGUACUUAAUGAAAACUGACUGUUUAUACGAGUUAUUCGUGAUUCGUUUAAGCUGAUUUUCCACUUCGCCCGUAUCAUACCGAAACGUACUGGUGAGCAUGCGCAGAUUGAAAAGAGAUUUAUAAAUCCACGUACUUCCGGAUGUGUUCGCAUAUCAAAAUAAAAAGCUUGUCACAAGUCAACUUUUUUGCAUACUACGGAAGUACUAACCAAUCAACAGUCACAAAAUUUUGAAAUUAAAAAGUUUUUUAUAUGUUUCGGUAUGGUACGCUUGAAGUGGAAAACCAGCUUUAGGCUGCAGCUUAUUUAAGCUGAGACAUAUGAUAACUAUUUCCAGCUAGACUGUGGGCAACUCAAAUCAUUGCUCUUUUAAGCUGGAGUAAUACGAGCAACAAAAUUGCUGCAAAUUGCAACAGAAGCUGAUUUCAACGCAUGUUAAGUAGAAAUGUUGACACAUGUUGCCUCGUGAUUUGUAGCUUGCGAGCAGGCACCCAGAGAGCCUGCUCGCAGGCUACGUGAUUUCUAAUGUAUGUGUGAACAUUUUCAAUUAACAUGCGUUGAAAUCAGAUUUUGUUGCAGCAAUUUUGUUGCCCGUAUUACUCCACCUUUAAGGCCCAUUUACACUUGCAAUUUCUGCUGCGAUUUUCUUCUGAUGCAUGUGAACGAGUAAAUGAGUUAUGAAUGUUCUGAGUAUAUACCUCACUGAUGUACCCUCAUCUGAACAUUCAUAACUCAGAAGAAAAUUGCAGGAUUAAACAGGCCUUUACAUGCCUCAAAAUGGCAGAGCUUAACUGGAUCGACGAAUAUUCCCCACUUUUUUCGCAGGGCUUAACUCAAACUUUCCAAGUUGUGUUUCUUUCUUUGAGUCUUUAAGCCCUUGACGAAAACAGAUGUGGUUUGGGCAUCGUUGGGUCUUAACUCGAAAAGGGCUUAACUCAAAGAUUACUUACCUCAUAUACCACACUUGCUGUAUCUUAUGUGUGGUAGUCGUGUUAAAUUUUCUGUUGUUAAGCCGAAACCUAAUUUACAGGUACAUGUUAAAGGGGGGGGAGGGGUCCAAAGUCCCCCCCCCACGGCAUACCAGUCAGAAUGGCCAAACUCAUAGCAGGUGUAAUUGACUGACCAUGUAAUUCUUGUGUUACCAUAACAUGUUUGCUAAUAUACAGUAAGAUUAUUGAGGCACUUUGAUGUUGUUUUUAGAGUGUGUUUAAAAGAUUAUACAAGAGUUCUGCCAGAGAAAAAGGUACCAUCAGGUAUUUUAGAGAGAAGUUAAACCGGCGCAAUGUAACUCUUGAUGUGAAACAUUUUGAAGAGUGUGAACAGUUGUUCAUGCAUGAGCAUGGGUAAAUGUUUUGUUGUAGAAGCCCUUUUGGAAUUUUUCCAAAUGACUGACACAAAGCAAAAACCUUCUCAAAAUGCUCCCAAUUCUCUGGAUGAAGAACAAAAGGAUGUGUACAUCUUCACUACAGUGGAAAAGUUCCUGGAUGAGUAUGUGUUUUCUGCAACAUAUGAUGGACACGAUGCAUGUAUGAGAGACGGUGUGCAAUCAUAUUCAGUUAACCUGAUGGCUUCAUUCUUGCUGCCGGCUGAUUUAAAGGAUGCUGUUAAAUCUGGUAAUGGAGAAUACUUGGAAGUAUUACGAAAGCAGCUGCUGGUACAUUUCUUCAGUACUCCUGGCUACGAGUUUGCCAUAGAGAUGUUAAUAAACAUCCUUCAGUAUCAAGUCUUGCUGACUGAAGCAGAGGCACAUCAAUGUAAGUGGGCCGCAACUGUAAAUUGGAAUGGCGGUUCUGGUAAGAACAUUGAAAUAGACCUGUUCCAAGAGAACCAGAACAGUGAGAUGAAAAAACUGAUAAAGUCUAUGGGAGCUAACAAGUCAGAACAAGCUAUUUCGCGAGCAAGUAAAGCAUGUGGGGGUGUUAAAAGAUUGAAUCUUACGAAGAGCAUGUGAAUAUUCACCGAAAGUCCUUUCCCAUUCACAUAAGUCUGCUUUGAAUGAUGACACGGUCAUUCUUGGAGACUUGAGGGAUUUGAGACCUUUCAAGAAAGUAGUUGGUAGAGAAUUUGAAUCAUUUCAGGAUAUUUCUGCUAAUCCAACGAAGAAGUUUGAUAGUGCUAAAUUUCAAACUUGGAUUAAACGACACACCAAAAACAUAUUAUUACAUUAUCCUGUUUUUGAUAAUGAUGAUGAAGAUGACAGUGAAGAUGACAAUGAAGAUGUUUUUGAUGAUAUCGAACAAUAA